UUCUUGCUUGCUCGUAGUGCGUGUGUCGGCUCAGUAACGUUACUCAGUGCACGUUAUCAUUUAUCGGCUCGAUGGAUAUGAAAUAAAUAUUUCUGGAUUAAGUGUAAAAGUCACAACAACUAUGGCAACAAAACGUAAAGCGGAUGUACCAGUACCUGCAGAAGAGAGUGAUCAACUUCUCAUAAGACCCCUAGGAGCUGGUCAAGAGGUGGGCAGAUCAUGCAUUAUCCUGGAGUUCAAGGGACGUAAAAUUAUGCUGGACUGCGGCAUUCACCCUGGACUUGAAGGCAUGGAUGCAUUGCCCUACAUUGAUUUGAUAGACCCAGCUGAGAUCGACCUGCUCCUCAUCAGCCAUUUUCAUUUGGAUCAUUGCGGAGCAUUGCCAUGGUUUUUACAAAAGACAAGUUUCAAAGGGAGGACUUUUAUGACCCAUGCCACCAAAGCCAUCUACCGCUGGUUGCUUUCAGACUAUGUGAAAGUGAGCAACAUCUCAGCUGAUGAUAUGCUGUAUACAGAGACAGAUCUCGAAGAAAGCAUGGACAAGAUUGAGACAAUCAACUUUCAUGAAGUGAAAGAGGUGGCUGGCAUCAAGUUUUGGUGCUACCAUGCAGGUCAUGUUUUGGGUGCCGCCAUGUUUAUGAUCGAAAUUGCUGGAGUUAAGCUUCUGUAUACAGGAGAUUUUUCGCGUCAAGAAGACCGACAUCUAAUGGCAGCUGAGAUUCCCAGCGUCAAACCAGAUAUUCUCAUCACGGAGUCUACAUAUGGCACACACAUCCAUGAGAAAAGAGAAGAGAGGGAGGCACGUUUCUGUAACACUGUCCAUGAUAUAGUGAACCGAGAGGGACGCUGUCUGAUCCCUGUGUUUGCUUUGGGUCGAGCCCAAGAGCUGCUGCUCAUUCUUGAUGAAUACUGGCAGAAUCACCCUGAACUUCAUGACAUUCCCAUAUAUUAUGCCUCUUCCCUGGCAAAGAAGUGCAUGGCUGUAUACCAGACCUACGUGAACGCAAUGAACGACAAGAUCCGCAAGGCCAUCAACAUUAAUAACCCCUUUGUCUUUAAGCAUAUCAGCAAUCUUAAGAGCAUGGACCAUUUUGAUGACAUAGGCCCAAGCGUGGUGAUGGCAUCUCCAGGUAUGAUGCAAAGCGGGCUCUCCAGAGAGCUUUUCGAGAGCUGGUGCACCGAUAAGAGGAAUGGUGUCAUCAUAGCAGGUUACUGUGUGGAAGGAACCUUGGCUAAGCAUAUCAUGUCAGAACCAGAGGAGAUCACCACCAUGUCAGGCCAAAAGCUUCCGCUGAAGAUGUCUGUGGACUACAUCUCAUUCUCUGCUCACACCGACUACCAGCAGACCAGCGAGUUCAUCCGAGCUCUGAAACCUCCUCAUGUGAUCCUGGUUCAUGGAGAGCAGAACGAGAUGGCUCGCCUGAAAGCUGCCCUGAUUCGAGAGUAUGAGGACAACGACGAGGUCCACAUCGAAGUCCACAACCCUCGUAACACAGAGGCCGUCACGCUUAACUUCAGAGGAGAGAAACUGGCAAAGGUGAUGGGUUCUCUUGCGGAUAAGAAAUGUUCCCAGGGUCAAAGGGUCUCCGGCAUCCUGGUCAAAAAGAAUUUCAGUUAUCAUAUCCUCUCCCCAUCUGAUCUCUCCAAUUAUACCGAUCUAGCCAUGAGCACUGUAAAACAGACUCAAGCGAUUCCCUUCACCGGCCCUUUCCCCCUGCUGCUAAGUCAAUUACGUCACUUGACAGGUGAUGUGGAAGAAAUUGAGACGCCGGAGAAAAACACACUGAGGGUCUUUAACAGCAUCACACUGGUUCAAGAUGCAAACAUGGUCAUGAUGGAGUGGGUUGCCAAUCCGAUAAAUGACAUGUAUGCUGAUGCAGUCACUACAGUGGUGUUGGAGGUCCAGUCAAAUCCUAAAGCACAGAAAGUUGUUCAGCCCCAAGAAAAGAAGGUGGAUGUGAAUCUUUAUCAAAACAGAUUACUGAAAAUGUUUCGAGACAUGUUCGGAGAGGAAUGUGUCGAAUUUAACGAUAAAAACAAUCUAUCUAUAACUGUAGAUGGGAAGACUGUCUGCAUCAACAUGGAAACCAGAACUGUGGAUUGUGAGGAGCCCAGUGGUGAAGAUGACUCUUUCAGAGAAAUGGUGGAGCUCGCUGUACAGAGGCUGUAUGAAGCUGUGAAUCCUGUGAUGUGAGAUGAGAAGAGGCCUCCAGAAACUGAACCACACUCAUGCAGACAAAGCACUUCAGAGGAUUUUUACUCAUCUCAAAAUAAAAUUCGAAAGAAAAUCAGUGCAAGUUUGUUUGUAAAUGUGACAUGAAUGCAAGUCUGUUCCUCUGCAAAAGUCACAGAACAGUACGUAGUAAUAAUGAUUUAAAUAUUUUUGUUUUUUAUUUCACAUUUUCUAUGUUCAUUGUAAGGAGUUAUACAUUGUAUUUGAUCAAUGUUUUGAUUUAAUAAAAGAGGUUUUUGAGCCAA